GGUUUAGGGCGUAACUACGGUGCGAUAAUCUCUUUCGUCCUACAAUUGUUUCCCCUCUCGAAUGAUAUGCGUUACUAUGAAUGCUAUCGUGUUGUAGUGCUAAUCAAUUGCUAUCUCUUUGCUUUAAUUAAAGCUAGGUUUUCGUUUCACCUCAACUUAUUUGGAUUUCGAGAUUGUUUGAUUGAUAACGAAUGAUCUUUUACUAGUAAACUUAAAAACCUGAAUUGGUAUUUGCAUAUUUGGAAACUACAUACAGUUUCCCCAAUUUUGAGGUUCAAUUGCAUAAACUACUGACUGAAUAAUGCAUGUGUUGUAAUACAUCGUGUUUUCUCUUGUCCUCAGGCGCAUCAUUAUGAUUUUCUCUGUGGUUUCAAUGAAGUUAUUGGAGUGGAAGAGCUUAUAUGAUCAUGGCAAAUCAUCAAUACUUGAAACAUGUGUUCAUAUUGAUCGGAAGAGACAUAAGUAAAGUAUUUGGUUAACUGAAAAGUUCAUGGAACAUUUUAUCUAUGGAUAUUAUGGGGGACUGCUCAGAUGGUAGUAUUAGUAUUCCAGAGCGGGCGAAAGUGCUAGAUCAUGUGAAAAAAACUUUUUACAAAUGUUGGAUCCCAGCUAAGAAACUGAGUUUGUGAGGCUUUAAUGAAAAUUGCACCUGAAUGGGCAAAGAAGCGGUUAGAAGCUUCCAUCUCAAAAGACAUUUACAAGGGCAAUGGAUCUGUUUAUUCUGGGCGCAUUAGGUAUACAAUGUUUUUUUUUUCUUGUUCUAAACAGACGGCUGUGAUCGGUGUUUUUAAAAGAGCAUCAUCUGAUGUACCACAAAGGCCGUUAUGACUUGAUGUGAACAUAAGAAGAUCAUGCGAGCUUCUGAUAUAAAAAUAAUCAUGAAAAAGUGCAGAAGCAAAGGGGACUAUUUUAAACACCUGGGGAAUAACUUAAAAUUUGAUGAGAUUAAGGAUUUUGAAUUUGCAUCAAGACAUCCUCUGGAUAUUCCGACUGUUGAUAUAAAUGGCACAUAUGGUGGUUCACUUGAAGCUUUUCUCGAGGAUUUUAGGAAGUUGUGGAUCAACUUGGGGAAGACUCAUGUCAAGACUCCUAAUCUGGUUAUCUUGGCAGAUGAACGUCCAAAGACUUCAAAGUGCAACAUGAAAAUGAGGUUUAUAAAGUCGUCGUAUUGCGAUCAUAUUAUAAUUUUUGUACGAUUUCUUCAUGGUGGUGCACAUCCCUACAAACAGAACCGGAAGCAAGUUGGCACAAAUAGCCUGUCAAGGAAGUCUGAUCGGUUCAGUGAGAUAAAUUGCAUCACAAGGAGACUGCAAAUUAACAGCCUUGACCAAAUCGAGCAAAAAUCAGAACAUGGAGAUCAUCAAAGAGAGUGUGUUCGAUACGCAAUCAUUCCCUCAAGGAGCUUUACUUAGCUCAACGUUGUCUUCUCAUGCAGUAGGCACCCUUCUUGAGGUGCAUGAUUUCCUCUGCUGUUUCAAAGAAGUUAUCGGAUUGGACGAGCAAAUUACAUUCGAAAAGCUUGAACAAGAGCUUCUACGUCCUUAUCCAUACGGGGUUGGAAAAUCCUCGAUCCUGUGUUCGUUUGAAACAUUUAUUCACAGUAAACUGCUUCCGGAGCUAGUAAGUAAGCUUCUAGAUAGAUUAGCUUCAGUUUUAAACUCAAAAUUAGGAGUAAAAACCGAAUUCAAUAUGCUUCCGAUUAACGAGUUGACUUGGCCGGAAGUCGUUCGGAGAUAUAUAAUGGCUUACUUGCUAACUGGAGACAGACUCGGUUCUGUAAAGAUUACGGAUGGCAAUAUGAUUGAACUCAUUCACUGUCUGCAAAGUGAUUGUAGUGUCUUUUGUAGCUCACCCACAAACGUUGCAGGCGUUGAUUUGGAUGCUCAGUUGCUUGGAAAAGCUGUAAAUAAUGUAUUUGGUAAACUGAGAAGUGUAAGGAGCACUUUAUCGAUGGGCGUAAAGGGGGAAGAUUCGGAUGGUAGUAUUCCACAGUGGGCGAAAGUGCUUGAUCCUGUUCACAAGCUGGCCACAAACGUUGGAUCGCGCAUUAGAAACUGCGUGUACGAGGCGUUAAAUCAAAAUCCACCUGAAUGGGCAAGGAUGCAACUGGAAGCCUCCAUCGCGAAAGGCUUUUACAAGGGCAAUGCGUGUGGGCCCACUAAGAGGGCUAUACUUGAGGUUUUAAAACGAGCAACAUCUGAUGUUCCACAGAGGCCGUUAUCACUUGACGUGAACGCAACAAGAAGUUCAUGUGAGCUUCUGAUGUCAAAAGUUAUUAUGACAAAGUGCAGAAGUAUACUACGCAAUGUAGCUGCUACAUAUGAUAACGAAAUGGACUUUUCUAUCCUCGUUAGGAGCAGCUUAAAAUCCGACGAGAUCAAGGUUGUCUUUGAAUCUGCAUCAAGGCGUCCUCUGGAUCUUCCGAUGAUCGAUUUAAGAUUGCUCCACGACACAUAUUGUGGUUCACCACAAGCUUUUCUUGAGGAUGUUAGUGAGUUGUGGAUCAACUUAAAGAAGAGCCACAUGAAUACACCUCGUCUGGUUAAGCUGGUAGACGAUAUGUCCACGGACUUUACUUUAAAAUAUGAAAAUGAGGUAUCCCCUCUGUUGAGCAAGUUGUCCGGAUAUAGCAUGAACGGAGAGUUAAACGCCGAGGUAGAGAAGGAGCUAGAAGAGCUCUUAGCUUCUAUCGAAAUCCCGGCAAUGUCCUUGGAAGCAGGAGUCUGCAAAGUAUGUGGCGUUAACCAAGACGAUGAUAAGGUGUUGCUGUGUGACACUGAAUGGUGUAAUGCAGAGUAUCACAUGUACUGUCUGAAUCCCGCUCUUUCCGAAAUUCCACAAGGCACAUGGUAUUGUCCUGCUUGUAAGCAGCUGGCAGACGAUCAACCAAAAGGCAUUCGGAUCUCACAAUCUGUAGAUAAAAGCUUUUUCGAGGAAGCAAGUCUGUUUUUGGAUAUAGUGACUGCUUUGGAGGAAACAGAGUAUUGGCAAUUAGAGGCACAGAAGAAAAUAUUCUUGCUCAAGUUUCUAGUCGACAGGUCGUUAGAAACCAGCCUUAUUCGUAUGAAUCUUGCUGAAUUGCAAACAAAGCUAGCCAAGAAGUUUUUGGGCGUUGACUCUGUUGGGCGAAUAUACUGGGGCUUUCCCUAUGUAAGCACAAAUAGCGGGAUAGUGAUAAACGGGGCGAUGAACACUGAAAUAGAUCCGUUUGACCAUCGAACAAGUCAUUCCGAAUACAACAAUUUUGGUCAAUGGUAUUUGUUUCAGUCUGACGAAGAAAUCAGCAAACUUGUUGGCUAUCUGUCAGUAACUGAUCCGUGCAAUACUGAAUUACGAGAUUCUAUAUUGCUCUGGCAAAACACAAUGUUACAAAAUGGUCAACACACUGGAGGGAGUAAGUCAAUGGGGGGAGAGACGGUUUGUUCUACAAGCUUGAACAAUCUUCCUUCUCGUAAUUGUCUUGCUACAAAUGCGACCAUGUUGAUUGAGGCCCAAUAUGGUUCUUGUAAGGAGUCAGAUGCAACCAACUCUGCAAAGAAGUCGAGAGGAAAGAACAUGGUGAAAUGGCACAGGUGUAAUUGUCUGGAACCCGUUUUUCCAUCUCGAUACCAUUGUGUCAACUGCCAUGAAACGUUCUUCACGAGUGUUGAAUUUGAACACCACAAGAACUCUACUUGUGAAAUCAAAUGUGAGGUUGGUAGCAGUUUUACUGUCCCCGAGUCAUCGUCAAAGCCGCUGUUGGGGAAUACUCAUAUACUAAGGCGGCUGAUGAUGAAUUUGUUGGAUAUCGAAGCUGCGUUACCUGAUGGAGCAAGAAGAAGUUCGAUGGAAAGCCCCAAAUGGAGGUCUGCGUGGUGUGCAUUUGUUAAAUCUGCUACAACAAUAUGCGAGAUUGUUGAAGCAACUUUAGCGCUGGAAACCAUGAUCAAGACCGAGUAUAUCAACAACACUUGGUGGUGGUAUUGGUCUUCUAUUUCGGGUGCUGCAAAAACAUCCACCACCGCUGCCCUUGCUCUUCGUGUCCACACACUUGAUGCUGCUAUACGAUACCUGAAAAACGCAUGAGUUUUUUGAAACAAGUGGCUGGUCUUGACGCUCUCACUCUGCUAUAUUCAAAUUCUUGCUAAAUUUAUUUAUUUCAUGUUGUAAAUAUCCGUAUCUUAUUUGGUUUUGUAAAUCUGAUGUAUUUUAGCUUAUUGUGGCAACAAGGGUUUGUCACAGAAGGGUGUUUAACA